AUGUCAGCUUCGGGCACAUUUCUCUCUUAUAUAGGAGAUCAAACGAUUGACGAAAGAAAGCCGAUACAAGAUGUUGUGCGUCAUAUUGAACGAGGCUACCGUAUGGAAGCACCUGAAGGAUGUCCUGCUGAUAUCGUUCGUAUUAUGCAUGACGCUUGGGCGCUGCAACCGCAAGAUAGACCGACAUUCGGACAGGUCCCAUCUACACCAGGCUAUCAAAAAGUUACUCUUGUAUUCGAAUAA